AUGAAAACCUCCAUCAUCCUCCCCUCCCUCCCCCUCGCAGCAGCAGCCUUCCUCGCCCGCGGCGCCAUCGCCACAGGAACCCACCAUCAACACUCCCACCCCCAAGCCGCCAACAUCGCCGCGCGCGGAGCCGAAGACACCAGUAUCAACCCCCGCGAUCAAGUCCAACCCCCGGCCCCAGCGCACAACCCCCGCGCCGCAAGCCCAGACUCCAACUCCAACUCCGACUCCGACUCUGACGAUGAAAACAGCCAUGUAAAAGAGCGAGCAGGAACGCAAGCGAAAAAAGCCAAGUUAGUCCGAGGCGGAUUUGGCAGCAGCAGUGGUGGGAGCAACACUGGGAAUGGCGGACAUGGUGGGGGGGUUGCGGUUGUGCCGUGGGUUUAUCCGAUUGGGUAUACGGGGAGUUCACGGGGGGGUGGACGGGGGUCGGGGUCUUAA